AUCAAUCAUCUUAUUGUAGGACAGAGACGGGAACGCUGAGAAAAUUCCUCCCUCUUGAUACCAGUUCCAAAACUUCCCGUCUUACAACAAUCAUUUCGAGAUCGCCGCCCUUUGCUAGUAUCACUUCGGUGCAACCCAAGUCACUCUCAGUGCCUGACCAAUCCCCAUCGCGCGCCAUCCGAUACAAGGUCCCGACGUUUUUGGUCCCUGCUUGUACCCUGUCGUUCCGCACGCACGCCAGCAGUAGCCAGCAAACGGACGUUGCGCCAGCUCGGAUUGCGCUGUACCUUCCGUGACUCUUCGCCCACUCAAUUUUUUGCAGCGUACAGCAGUACCUGACCUCCUCCUCCUCCUCUCCUCCUCUCCUCCUCCCUCCUUCCUUUUUCCCUCUUACUUCUGCUUCCUCCUCGCUCCUCUCCUUCCCCCCUUCCUUCCCUCCCUCUCUCUUUCCCUCACAAUGUCAACGCAGGACGCCCAGGCUCCUGCUUCUUCCUCCACCACAGCGCAGCAGCAGCACCAGCAACAAGAUGCCUCGGGACGACAGCCCUCCUCCGCCUCCUCCGCCGCCGCCCAACUCACCGGUGCAAAGGUAGAGCUUCGCAAGGUUCUCCGGUCGUUCAGCGACUUCCCCAUCCCGGGCAUUGAGUUUGUCGAUAUCAUGCCCCUCUUCGCCAACCCCGCCGCCCACAACACCCUUGUCGACGCUCUCGAGCUUCAGAUCCAGCAGGCCUUCCCCGGCGGCCGCCCAGAUGUCAUUGUCGGACUCGACGCCCGCGGUUUCCUCUUCGGCCCCGGCCUGGCCUUGAGGCUGGGCGUCGGCUUUGCCGCCGUGCGCAAAAAGGGCAAGCUCCCCGGUCCGUGUGUUACGGCCGAGUACCUUAAGGAGUAUGGCGCGGAUUUCUUCCAAAUGCAGGAAGACGCUGUCAAGCCUGGUCAGAAGGUCCUGAUUGUCGACGACAUUAUUGCUACUGGCGGUUCCGCAAAGGCUGCUGCCGAACUUGUCAAGCAGCUCAAGGGCGAUGUCACUGGCUUCCUCUUCAUCCUCGAGAUCCCUGGUCUCAAUGGACGCGACAAGCUCGAGGGCGCCCCCGUUUCGAUUCUGAUGGACGACAACUGAAGAUUCUCCAAUAUUGCGCACACCAGGCGUCUCAGGUAACGCAACCAAGUCGUCCGGGGCGGUACGCGCGGUUCAUGACCUGCACCGCACAGGACGGACGAAUUCAUCUUCGACGCCAUAUGAACCGAUAUGGAGGGGGCACAAUCUGGCGUUUGGGGUGAUUUUUCAACAUAAAACAUGGAUUCCGAGGAGGCAUCGCUCGCAUGACUAUAGAUGGAAGGAAGCGGUUGGACGGCACUGGAGGUUAUCUGGAUUUUCCCUCCUCAAUUUCUUUAUAUAAUACCAUUCACAAGAUAGACCACUAUUUGAACAUUUUUGACGU